AUGGCAAAACGAAGAAGUACUACGAGUAGUACUAGUAGUCCAUGGGACAACAACGAUGAUGAUCCGUCGGAAAUGACGUUCAGCCGUCGAGCCGCUCGAUAUCUGUCCCGGUUUCGGUGGUACUAUCCAAGGGUAGCGGAACGCAGAGGAGAAGCCUCGUUAGAUGCGGCAUGGCAUCACUACGAACACGUCACGCUGCCAAGGUGCUACCAAAAAGUUCCCAAACACACCCAGCAUGAUGGCAAUGACGACGACGAAGCGAGCUUUCAUUUCGUCCGAGCAUCCACGUCGGAACGAGAACGACCGACCACACUGUAUCCCGUCUUUUCCUCUCCUCUCAAGGAACUGACCAAUUUUGGAGUCUCGACACGCAUGUACUUUUCGACCCUCUUAGUCCUGGCGGGAAUUCUCGGUUUAGCGGGACUACUGAAUAUACCCCUCAUGGUGUAUUUCGGGGGGUAUGCCCAAGACGGCAAGGAUGGGGUGAAUUAUUUUGGUGUGCAGUCCAUUCGAGCCUCGGCGCUUUGUGACUCGACGACCUGGGUGGAGUGCGAAAGCUGUAAUGAAAAUGCGCAUGAAUACCCAUCUUAUCGACUCGACGGAACACGAGUGCGACGAAACAUUUGCAACUUUGACGAUUGGCUUGUGCAUGGACUAUGUAGCUAUGCAGCUACCGUGGCCGUCUUGGUGCUCGUCUUUUUGGCAUCUUGGAAGCAACGCAAGGCCGAAAUUGUAUUUGAUGAAGCCAUUCAGACGGCGUCCGAUUAUUCCAUCAAAAUUAGCAACCCACCGCCCGAUGCCGUGCACCCGGAAGAAUGGAGACAGUUCUUUAAUCAUUAUGCUACCGGUACCAGUGGCAGCCAUGGAAAGUCCAAGAAGGGCGUUGUCAUGGUCACGAUUGCACUCAACAAUGCCAAGCUCCUUCGAGCACUGAUUGCACGACGACAAAAACUGCAGCAGCUCUCGUACUGUCUACCACGCGGAACUGACAUGACCGAUAGUGUGCUAGUAUGGAACUUGAUUCUGACCACGACCACCAAACCAUGGUUGUCCAUGUUCUACCUGGCAAAUGAUGCUACCAAACUGUGGCAUGACAUUGUUCAACUGGAAGACGAGAUUCGUACAUUGGUGCAACAAAAGUACAAGGCUGUUGCCGUGUUUGUUACCUUUGAAACGGAACGGAGUCAACGAAACUGUUUGCACGCGUUGUCGACGGGGAAGAUUCACGUGUGGCACAAUCAACUCGAUCAACACAAACUCAAGGUGCGCGGUAAAGUCUUUCGUGUGUACGAAUCCUUGAGAAGUAGCUCGCUCUGGGAUUGCCUCGAAAAUGAUCCUCAGCAAGAGCACACCAUCCAACUAGGAGGCGACGGUGAUGACUCGACAGCUAGUUUGUCCAAGGCACUCUUGUUUCGAGGGUGUCUUGUCUUGAAUAUCAAAGAGGCGAUCGAACCCAGCAAUAUACGAUGGGGCGACCUGCAGGCAUCCACUCGACAAAGGCUCGAACUGUAUUUAUCCAGCACCGUUGGCAUGGUCGUGUUCGUCUGUCUUUGCGGAUACUUCAUCUAUUGCCUCGUGGCUCGGUAUCCCGGCAUUUACGCGACAAUUUUCAUUACCAUGACAAACGUGGUGGUGCCCGUUGUUUGCCAGAUUAUCAGUGACUUUGAAUCUCAUCCCACGGAGCACGGCAAGCAAACAUCUCUUUACAUGAAGAUCACCAUCUUCCGCUGGUUCAACUCGGCCAUUGCUUUUGUCGAAGACAAAAAUGAGUCCAAGCAACAGAGCCUUAUAUACAAAGUAUAUCCAGUCAUAGUCGCCGAGUUGUUUGUCAAUCCUGUUGUGGAUCUUAUGGACGUGGAUGGGAACUUUCGCAAGCACGUGUUAGCACCGAGAGCCCGAGAUCAGGAAGAGAUGAAUGCCUGUUUCCGGGGCAGUCGAUUUUGGCUCGCUGAGAGGUACACGAACGCGAACAAGGUCCUCUUUGUCGCGCUCUACUUCUCCUCUAUUCUGCCAGAAGCCUUAUUCCUGGGUGCUCUUGCCCUUUGCGCCCAAUUAUUCUUUGGGAAAUUUGCUCUUCUCCGGCUUUGCGGGCCGUCACCAGAUUUGGGCUUUUAUCUGAGUCGCCUGAAUCGAAACUACGUGUUGCCCGUGGUCCUGACUUUUCAUGUAACCAUGAGUGCCUACUGGUGGUCAGGUUAUCCCUACGAUGAUGUCUGCCAGGAAGACGGCGGAGGAUACACUUAUUGCAACCAAAACUUUUACAGCGCUGGAAUCUUCCCUCCUCUUCCUCGGUUCCAGCCAAAUGGAAUGAAAUGGAUGUCAGAGAGUCAAGAGACUAUCACGGCUUUGUAUGGGUGGACUAGCGUUGUGGUCUUGUUGAUUGGUGUUGUGUUCUUUGCUCGUCACACCAUCAUUCCUGCAAUUCGAUCCAUCUACGAGAGCACCUACGAGCCCGACGGUAUGGACCAAGGCAUUGACUUUAGCUCUGUCAAGGACCGUGAAGAACUACAUGGGUACAUUCCACAAGUUCGAGUACCCGGCUUCGUGUUUCCUCUUUUGGCCUGUGAUAUCACCAGCGUACACGAUGAUCUGAUUGGUUGGAAGGACCCAAAGAAUGGAUUUGUUCCUCAUAACUUGGUCCAGGAUGUUGAGAGGAUCACGAAUCACAGCAAGUUACCCCACCCCGUCUUCUCGGUUGUGCGUCAGUGGGGUCCAAACACAGCUGAGUGA